CCAUCCGGAGGCGCUCUCCGCGGCGCAGCAAAUGGCUGGGGAGCCGGGCGAGGAGCUCCUUUGUGUGGAAGAGGAGGAGAAGGAGAAGGAGCAGAAGCAGCCCAGCCGGAGCAGCCUCGCUUUCCUGGCCUCUCCGGACCCUCCGCUUCCCUCCUAAAGCCCAGCUCUCGGACACCACCAGCACCUUGCCCUUCUCCAUCCCUGAGGAAAAGGGAGCCAAGAGGAGCAGAGGAAGGAAGCAAAGAAAGAAAGAAAGAGAGAAAGGACAGAGGAGGAGGAGGAGGAGGAGGGAGAGGGGAGCCUCAGAGAGGGACCAAGAGAGGGGAAAACUCCCUGAAGUUACCUGCCUUUGCAAACCUAAGAGCCUGAAGGGAGAUUAUUCCUCCCCCGCUUUGCCUUUCUUUCUCUUUGGGAGCUGAGGCAGGGAAAGGGCUCCCUUGUCCUCCAUUCUCCCCCGAAACUGAGAGGACCUCGCUCCUCGGGAGGCUUUUGUGGCGGGCUUCCCUCUCCCUCCGGUUUGGGCUUGGGCUUCCACGAGGGCAAGGCAAGAGGGACGGCGAGGAGUUUGCUCCAUGUUCUAGGGCAAUGGACGUAAGGUUUUACUCGCCCCCACAGCCACCGCCUCCUCCGCCGCCGCCUCCUCGGCCUCCCUCCCAGGCCACUCCGGCUCCAGAGACGCCGUGCUUGGGACCUUCGCCUUGCCUGGACCCUUACUACUGCAACAAGUUUGACGGUGACAACAUGUAUAUGAGUAUGACAGAACCGAGCCAGGAGUAUGUGCCAGCCAGCCAGUCUUUUCCUGGUCCAAGUCUUGAGAGUGAAGAUUUUAACAUACCUCCGAUCACUCCACCUUCACUACCUGACCACUCACUUGUGCAUUUGAAUGAUACAGAAACUGGUUAUCCUUCACUUUGCCAUCCUAUCAGCCAUAAUGGCCUACUCCCAUUCCAUCCACAAAACAUGGACCUACCUGAAAUCACAGUGUCGAAUAUGCUUGGCCAAGAUGGAACACUGCUUUCAAAUUCACUUUCUGUGUUGCAAAACUGGACUCACAUGGCAGCUGAAGAAUUUGCUAUGCAAGAGUUAAGAAAUACAGAAGGCGCUCAAUAUAGUUCCCAUCCCCAGAUAGCAGCCAUGAGACCAAGGAUUCAGCCUGGAGAGAUGAGGCAAGCAGGAAUGAUGCAACAUGGUCAACUGACUACCAUUAAUCAGUCACAACUAAGUGCUCAGCUUGGUCUGAAUAUGAGUGGAAACAAUGUUCCCCACAACUCUCCAUCUCCUCCCGGAAGCAAGUCUGCAACUCCUUCACCAUCUAGUUCUGUUCAUGAAGAUGAAGGGGAUGAUACUUCUAAGGUCAAUGGGGGAGAAAAAAGACCUGCCUCUGAUAUGGGAAAGAAACCCAAAACUCCCAAGAAGAAGAAGAAGAAAGACCCUAAUGAGCCACAGAAGCCUGUGUCUGCCUAUGCAUUAUUUUUCCGAGACACUCAAGCCGCCAUCAAAGGCCAAAACCCAAAUGCUACUUUUGGUGAAGUUUCUAAAAUUGUAGCUUCCAUGUGGGAUGGCUUGGGAGAAGAACAAAAGCAGGUAUAUAAAAAGAAAACUGAAGCUGCUAAGAAGGAGUAUCUGAAGCAGCUUGCUGCUUACAGGGCAAGUCUUGUAUCCAAGAGCUACAAUGAACCUGUGGAUGUUAAAGUAUCCCAGCAACCUCAGAUGAUGAAUGCAAAGCAGUCUGUGUUCCAUGGAUCUACACAGCCUCAUUCAGCACUGUAUCUAAGUUCCCAUUACCACCAACAAGCAGGAAUGAAUCCUCACAUAACAGCCAUACAUCCCAAUAUUCCAAGGAAUAUAGCACCUAAGCCUAACAACCAAAUGCCUGUGACUGUUUCCAUAGCCAACAUGGCUGUGUCUCCACCUCCAUCCCUUCAGAUGAGUCCUCCAAUCCACCCGCAUCUCAGUAUACAACAACACCAGCCACUUACAAUGCAGCAGUCCAUUGGUAACCAGCUACCAAUGCAAGUUCAGUCUGCUUUACAUUCACCUACAAUGCAACAAGGUUUUACUCUCCAGCCUGAUUACCAGAAUAUUAUCAAUCCAACAUCUACAGCUGCACAAGUUGUUACCCAAGCAAUGGAGUAUGUUCGUUCAGGGUGCAGAAAUCCCCCAGCACAGAGUGUGGACUGGAAUAACGAUUACUGCAGUAAUGGGGCCAUGCAGAGGGACAAAGCACUGUACCUUACCUGAAACUGUUUUGUUGAAGCAGCUCUUCUUUCCAUUGAGGAAUGCAGGGAAGUCCUUCCAUUGUGGAUUGCUUUAUGCAGUCAAGGCAGUUCUGCAUUUAUUUAGAAAAUAUAAGUUGCUAAGCACUUAGGACUAUUUGAGCUGGUGGGUCAUUCACUCUGGGAAAAAAUAGUCUUGCUCCUUCCUCUACCCCAUUCUUUCUUUUUCUUUUUUCUUUUUCUUUCUCUUUCAGCAUACUCUAAUGGACAUUGCUUUUCUUCUUUCCUUAAGGAAGGAGGCUUGGACCAUUCUGAUAUUCUGUUGGUUUUUAUUUUUGCUGUGAAGUGCUGCGCUAGUAACUGCCUUAGCAACUGUAGAUGUCUUGGAUAAAAGUCCUGGAUUUUCCAUUGGUUUUCAUAAUGGGUGUUUAUAUGAAACUACUAAAGACUUUUUAAAUGGCUUGAUGUAGCAGUCAUAGCAAGUUUGUAAAUAGCAUCUAUGUUACACUCUCCUAGAGUAUAAAAUGUGAAUGUUUUUGUAGCUAAUUGUAAUUUGAAACUGGCUCACUCCAGUUUAUUGAUUUCACAAAGGGGGUUAAAUUGGCAAACAUUCAUAUUUUUACUUCAUUUUUAAGCAACUGACUAAAAGUUCUAUAUUUUCAAACUCUUUGAAAGAAAAAAAGGUAAGUUAUUCCCAAAUGAAUUUAAUUAAACAGAAAUUGGCAUUGUGUCAUUAGUUAUACAAGAAAAAAGUCUAGUAUUGGGAAAAGAGCAAACACAUUUAUUUUGUACUGCCUAAAACUGCUUUUUUAUCACUUUAUGUGUAACAGUUAGUAAACGUCAUUUAUGUCCUCUUAUGUAUAAAACUGCCAAAUGCUUUCUUGGUAUUUUAUUAGAUGCAGAAACAGAUUGGAAACAGCUAAAUUAUAACCUUUACAUAUGGCUAUGUAUUAUUGUUUCUUCAUACUGUGUCUGUAUUUAAUCUUUUUUUAUGGAAGCUGUUGCGCCUAUUUAUGAAAUAAUAAAUAUAGGUGUUUGUAAGUAAAUUUGUUAGCAUCUUAAAGAGGAUUUUUUAAACUACUUUUGUUGGCAAGAAAGUAUUUGCUGCUGGAGUGAACAAUUUUAGUUUUUACAGUGAAAUGAAUAAAGCCAAACCAGGAUUUUUUUCCUCUCAUAGAAAAUAAUCAGCAUUUAUUCUGCACUUCUUAUACUGAUGUGGGACCAAAAUAAGAACAUUAGAAAAAAAGGAAGAUGAAUCUUUAAGAAACCUCUCCAUGUCUCUCUGAUUAUAGAAAAGAAGGCUGUUCACAUAGCUUUUUUUUUUUAAUACACAUCAAGGUUUAUAGAUCUUCAAAAAUAGGAUGUGCACAAGGAUUUUCCUAUUGUCUUCUAUGGAGGAAACUUUUCUGCACAUUCACAAGUAUUAUGUUCCAUAUACAGGUGAAUUACCUUGAUCCUAGAAGACAACAGAGAAAAUCCUGCAGAUGUGUAGCCCCACGCAAUCUAUAGAGGGUACUGGGCCAUAGGCAGAGCAUGAGUGCAUCCCUCAGAAAUUGAAAGAUCAUCUUCCCCAAAAGUGAAUUAGGGCUAUUUACUGAAAAAGGAAACCAAAAUCUAAAGUUACCAAAAAUGCUUCAGUUAUGAGAGCAAGAAAGGGCUAUAGCAUUGCCUGUAUGUGUAGGAAGUAGUGGAAACAAGGCCAGUUCCUUAGUAACCACUGGAUGGCCCAAGAGUAGAAUCAGGAGUAAGAAAGGGCAAAAUUGAGUGGAUUUUAAGAUGAAUCCAUACUAGAUGCUGCUCGUUCCAUAAUUCUCCAGAUGGAAAUAGGCACCCAUAGCCUCCCUAGGAAAAGAAAUGAAGCUUUAAAAAUGAUUUUGUAUUAUCAUUCCCAGAAUUCCCUAACCAGCAUAUCCUCUGCCCAUGAUGGUGGAGAUGGACCUAUUCAGAGGGUUGCAGUCAAAAUAAGUAACCUUUUCAAAAUCUGGAAGCAGUUUCCCUUUUUUAAAUCUCUUGAACAGCACAGGAAAGAAUUAACCUGUCAGUUUCCAAUUAAUGUUUACUUUUCAUGUUUUAGAGCCCUCCCACCACCACCUCUCUCUUCAUUCCAAGCAAAUAUCAGAUUACAUUUGGGAUGUGUUAAUUCUCAUAAUUCCCAUUUGUUUUCAUUGGCUUGUCCCUCACUAUGAGUGAGCUCUGCCAGACAAGACAUCUCUCUGCAUUUUGGGAAGUGUACAAAAAUAAUUGCUUUACCUUAAGGGAUGCUUAAUCUGACAAAAGUUUUAGAACCCUUAGUGCUGAUCAAAUUAGUAGCCAUUUGGCUUCUAUUUGGGAUGUGAAAUAGAGACAUUUCGUUAAUCCAAUCUCUCUAACCUAUUUCCAUGUAAAAUGCCUAGAAAGUACAAUAAGUUUGCUUUCAAAAAUCAGGCAAUGUACAAACUUGAAUCAUUUGAGCAUGUAAUAAUUAAUAAAUAAUGCAGAUCAGAUGUGAUUAUUCAUAUGAUGUAGCUGAGUUCUAAUUUUCUUAUCUUGAAUCCAUAUGGGAAUCCAUUAUUACAUUCAUAGUUUAUUGUCUUUGUAUUCAGUACUUUAGAAAUGUACCAGCACUAACAAAUAGGUUUUUUCCCUUUUAAUUCUGUUAUGGUAAAAUUGCAUUUCCCACUCAGAUUAAUUCUUUUAAAAGAGCAGGCAAUUGGUGAUUAUGGGAAUCAACUUUGACAGUUUUUUCUGGAAGAGUGUUGUAUUAUCAGCAUCUUUUCUACAGAUGCUGUGCUGUCACAGUAUACCAUUUAUUCAAUAUCCAACCAAGGUUCAAACUAGAAGCAAAUAUUAAUGUCAAUAAAAAGUAUGUCAUAAACUA